CACGUGAUCGCCGGCUGGCGCGCGCCCGGCCGUUCGGUUCCCAGCUGCGUUCUCGGCCGCUUCCCUCUUUUUUCCCAGCCUCCAGGCCUCCACAGCGACGCGGCCGGGGCGGGGGCAGAGUCGGCGCUGAGUUGGAGCUGGAGCCGGAGCUUCAGAGAUCUAGGAGCAUGGAGGCCUGAGCCGGCGGCGAUCGUGUCUUCUCCUCUUUCCACCUCUGCCACCCGCUCGUCCGUGAGCUGGAAGCAGAUCUCCCUGCCGGCUGAGACAGGUUGUCCUGUGGAAAUGAAGGUUUAAGGACAAAUUAUCUACCAGAUCAGAAGAUGGGAUCGAACAGCAGCAGGAUCGGUGAUCUUCCUAAAAAUGAGUACUUGAAAAAGUUGUCAGGCACAGAAUCUGUCUCUGAGAAUGACCCGUUCUGGAAUCAGCUGCUCUCAUUUUCUUUCCCUGCACCGACCAGCAGUGCCGAUUUGAAGCUCUUGGAGGAGGCAACUAUUUCAGUCUGCAGGUCUUUAGUUGAAAACAAUCCUCGAACAGGAAACCUUGGUGCGUUAAUUAAGGUCUUCCUUUCUAGAACCAAAGAACUAAAACUUUCAGCAGAAUGUCAGAAUCACAUCUUCAUUUGGCAGACACACAACGCUUUGUUUAUUAUUUGCUAUCUGCUGAAAGUGUUCAUUUGUGAGAUGUCAGAGGAGGAGUUACUACUUCAUUUUACUUAUGAAGAAAAAUCUCCUGGCAGUUACAAUUCUGACUCAGAAGAUCUUUUGGAAGAAUUAGUCUGCUGUUUGAUGCAGUUAAUCACUGAUAUUCCGCUCCUAGACAUUACAUAUGAAAUAUCAGUAGAAGCUAUAUCAACAAUGGUUGCUUUCCUUUCCUGCCAGCUCUUCCAUAAGGAAGUUUUGCGACAGAGCAUCAGUCACAAGUAUUUGAUGCAAGGUCGAUGUCUUCCAUACACCAGCAAACUUGUGAAAACCUUAUUGUAUAACUUCAUCAGACAAGAAAAGCCGCCGCCUCCAGGAGCUCACGCGCUCCCUCAGCAGUCGGAGGGCGGGGGACUGCUCUACGGGCUCGCGUCAGGAGUCGCAACUGGACUCUGGACCGUCUUCACCCUGGGCGGUGUGGGCAGCAAGGCGGCGGCCGCUCCUGCGCUUUCUUCCCCUCUCGCCAACCAGAGCCUCCUGCUUCUGCUGGUGCUGGCCAACCUGACAGACGCCGCAGACGCGCCGAACCCCUACAGACAGGCCAUUAUGUCCUUUAAGAAUACACAAGAUAACAGUCCUUUCCCCUCAUCAAUUCCACAUGCUUUCCAGAUUAAUUUUAACAGUUUGUACACAGCUCUAUGUGAACAGCAGACAUCUGACCAAGCAACUCUCCUCUUGUAUACAUUGCUCCAUCAGAAUAGUAAUAUUAGAACGUACAUGUUGGCUCGCACGGAUAUGGAAAAUCUUGUCUUGCCAAUUCUUGAGAUUCUGUAUCAUGUUGAAGAAAGAAAUUCACACCAUGUGUAUAUGGCACUUAUAAUAUUGUUGAUCCUUACAGAAGAUGACGGCUUCAAUAGAUCCAUUCACGAAGUGAUAUUAAAAAAUAUUACUUGGUAUUCAGAACGAGUUUUAACAGAAAUUUCAUUGGGGAGUCUCCUGAUACUGGUGGUAAUAAGAACCAUUCAAUACAACAUGACAAGGACAAGAGACAAGUACCUUCACACAAACUGUUUGGCAGCCUUAGCAAACAUGUCGGCACAGUUUCGCUCCCUCCAUCAGUACGCUGCCCAGAGGAUCAUCAGUUAUACCUGCCGCCACUUGCGGAGAUAUGUUUAUGUGUUGGACAAACUCUAUUUCCCCCACUCUCACUGUUCUACGCUCCAGCAUUGCUUCUCGAGCCUCAGUGACAAUGGAGAGGAACUCUUAUCUUUAACUUGCUCUCACAUUCUCAGAUCCUAUGCUUCCAGUUUAUUUUCCUUGCUGUCUAAAAAACACAACAAAGUUCUGGAACAAGCCACACAGUCCUUGAGAGGUUCGCUAAGUUCCAAUGAUCUUCCUCUACCAGAUUAUGCACAAGACCUAAAUGUCAUCGAAGAAGUUAUUCGAAUGAUGUUAGAGAUCAUCAAUUCCUGCCUGACGAAUUCUCUCCACCACAAUCCAAACUUGGUGUAUGCUCUGCUUUACAAACGAGAUCUCUUUGAACAAUUUCGAACUCAUCCUUCAUUUCAGGAUAUAAUGCAAAAUAUUGAUCUGGUGAUCACCUUCUUUAGCUCCAGGUUGCUACAGGCUGGAGCUGAGCUGUCAGUGGAACGGGUGCUGGAAAUUAUCAAGCAAGGAGUGGUGGCACUGCCCAAAGACAGGCUGAAGAAAUUUCCAGAACUGAAAUUCAAAUAUGUGGAAGAGGAGCAGCCCGAGGAGUUUUUUAUCCCGUACGUCUGGUCCCUGGUCUACAACUCCGCCGUGGGCCUGUACUGGAACCCCCAGGAUAUCCAGUUGUUCGCGAUGGACUCCGACUGAGGGCGGCCGCCGUCAUCGCCCCCGCUGACCCCAGCCGAGCGGCCCUCCUCGCUACUUUGUUUCCGGGGAACAGACCCCGGCGGGUGGACCUCCUGGUGCACCUUCUGUGAGAGGAUCACACCGGCGUGUUUCCUUUGCACACUUGGCUAUGGAGAAUCGGGGCCGGUCGGCAGUAGAUCACUCAGCUUAGGUUGUAGGGCAAGCGGGGGGAAGGGGAAUACACAGUAAUAAAUAUUAAAACCUGCCGUC